AUGCCUUCAGCUCCGAGCAGUCUACCGAAGAUCUCCACGCAGCCCCGGGGCACCAUCCUGCCCCCUGACACCAUGGACAUCAUCCGGAGCAAGUCCCAGUCCCGUCGGGUGAGGUUGAACGUGGGCGGGCUGCUCCAUGAGGUCCUGUGGAGGACUCUGGACAGGCUUCCCCGCACCAGACUGGGCAAGCUGAGGGACUGCAACACUCACGAAUCCAUCAUGGAGAUCUGUGAUGACUACAGCCUGGAAAAUAACGAGUACUUCUUCGAUCGACAUCCAGGGGCGUUUACGUCCAUACUCAACUUUUACAGGACGGGGAAGCUGCACAUGAUGGAGGAGAUGUGUGCUCUGUCCUUCAGUCAGGAGCUGGAUUUCUGGGGUAUUGAUGAGAUCUACCUGGAGUCGUGUUGCCAGGCAAGGUACCACCAGAAGAAAGAACAGAUGAACGAGGAGCUAAAGAGAGAGGCGGAGAACUUGCGCGAGAGAGAGGGUGAGGAGUUCAGCACCACCUGCUGCUCGGAGAAAAGGAGGAAGCUAUGGGACCUGCUGGAGAAGCCCAGCUCCUCAUUUGCCGCUAAGAUUUUGGCGAUCAUCUCCAUACUCUUCAUUGUGCUCUCCACUAUUGCCUUGUCCCUGAACACCCUCCCAGAGCUCCAGGACACAGAUGAGUUCGGGCAGCCCACAGAUAACCCCCAGCUGGCCCAUGUGGAAGCUGUGUGCAUCGCCUGGUUCACCAUGGAAUACCUCCUCCGCUUCCUCUCCUCCCCAAACAAGUGGAAGUUCUUCAAGGGUCCACUGAACAUCAUUGACCUGUUGGCCAUCCUUCCAUAUUAUGUCACAAUAUUUUUAACAGAGUCUAACAAAAGUGUGCUGCAGUUUCAAAAUGUCCGCCGUGUGGUGCAGAUUUUCAGGAUCAUGCGAAUCUUGCGUAUCCUCAAAUUGGCUCGGCACUCCACGGGUCUACAGUCUUUAGGUUUUACACUUAGAAGGAGCUACAAUGAACUUGGACUGCUCAUUCUUUUCCUAGCCAUGGGCAUUAUGAUCUUCUCUAGUUUGGUGUUUUUUGCCGAAAAAGACGAGGAGGACACCAAAUUUAAAAGUAUACCAGCGUCAUUUUGGUGGGCUACUAUCACAAUGACUACAGUUGGCUAUGGGGACAUCUACCCAAAAACUUUACUAGGGAAGAUAGUUGGGGGGUUGUGUUGCAUUGCUGGAGUACUGGUGAUAGCAUUACCAAUUCCAAUCAUUGUUAAUAACUUCUCAGAGUUUUACAAGGAGCAGAAACGCCAGGAGAAAGCCAUUAAAAGAAGGGAGGCCUUAGAGAGGGCAAAGCGAAAUGGUAGUAUUGUGUCUAUGAACAUUAAAGAUGCAUUUGUUCGUGGUGUGGAGCUCAUGGACGUAAUGGUAGAUGAAGGUAUAGAAAACAAAAAAGAGAAACCCCAGGAUAACCAUGUAUCUCCGAGUAUGCACGUUAAAGAUCAGUCUAAUCUGAGAUCAAACAACAGCAGUCCCACCAGGAACAUCGACUCAACAUUCAAAGAGCAAGUCAAGACAUCCAGCAGUCCGCAACAUUUAAGCGCUCAAAAACUAGAGGAGAUUUAUAACAAGAUGUCCCUGUCAGAUGCGCAGGGGAACAGUAAUAAGGACAGGGGCACGGGGUCCAAACCAGUGAGGCAGAGGGCGGAACUAGAGAUGGGAGCGAUACCGACAGCGCCUCUCUGCAGCACCGCAGAUCCAGUGACAGAUAUGAAGAGCAUUUCCAGUAUUGAUAGUUUCAUGAGCUGCGCCACCGAUUUUCCAGACAGCUCAAGGUUUUCCCAAAGUCCAAUCGGCAGCAUCCAUCAGGGCAGAGUGAGCACCAACCCCAGCCUGGAGCCCACCUUAGAGGCAGAUCACGAGGGGUCCCAGGGCUCUCUUACCCCCAUGUCCAAGCAAAAUCCUUAUCAAGACCAUCACAUCAGUCGUCCGAACAAAGCGCAUACAAUACGAGUGAACUAUCGGCGCGGGGAGGAGUCAGGAGCGGACAGUUCAUCUGUGCAAAGUCCGGAUGCAUCUCUGUACACCACCGCUAGUAGCAGGACGCCCACCAAAAGCCCAGAGUACAUUCGCCCAAAUAUUUUCACAUUCCAUGAUUCGUCAAUAAGCAAAUUCAUUGACGCAGAUACAGAUGAGGAGGAGCACCUUCAUGACACAAGUGCAAACCCCACACGAAGACUCCUGGACAAUGGCAGCCCCAAGUUUGGACGGCGUUCCAAUCACACUCAGAGGAAGUUGAGCAAUUCUUUGGGAAUAGAAAGCCAGGAUAACCACAUGGCUCAGGAUCUAUCGCCACAUCAGGGAGACAGCUCCAAUGCAUAA